AUGACAACUCAAGGCAGUCCAAAUUAUGCAGAGGAUGUGGAGGUGGGCAGUACGAAGGAAUCAAAUCCACAGCAAGCCAGGGAGGUCGAUGUCGAUAAAGGCGUGACCGAAUCUGCAAAUGUAGGAACUCUUCAGCGGCGAUUGAAAUCACGACAUGUCCAGUUCCUCGCUCUCUCGGGUGCCAUUGGCACUGGUUUGUUUGUGGGAACUGGCCAGGUUCUCUCGCUAGCCGGGCCACUUUCAGCAACACUCGCCUAUCUCAUCACAGGAUUCAAUCUAUAUGCGGUCAUAAACAGCAUGGGUGAAAUGGCGACAUGGCUACCUCUUCCCGGUGCAGUCCCAGUUUACGCUUCGAGAUUUGUUGAUGAAGCGCUCGGGUUCACUCUAGGCUGGAAUUAUUGGUAUCAGUUUGCCAUCGGGGUUCCAAUUGAGAUCAGCGCAGCUGCUCUCGUGAUCGACUAUUGGCCAAAUGGAGUUGCUCCAGCUGUCUGGAUUACAAUUCUCUAUGUGGCUAUAUUCGCAACCAACAGCCUUCCAGUGCGCGUAUAUGGUGAACUGGAGUUCAUUCUCGGAUCUAUCAAACUGACGACCAUUAUCGGAUUGAUGCUUUUGAUGUUGAUCAUCACACUCGGCGGAGCCCCAUCCCACGAUCGCAUUGGAUUUCGCUAUUGGGAUAACCCGGGGCCGAUGAAUGAAUAUCUCGAGGAUGGAUCGCUCGGCCGCUUUUUGGCAUUCUGGAAGGUCUUCAUCCAAGCCACGUUUAGCUAUGGCGGCAGUGAGAUGGUGGUAGUCGCAGCCGGAGAGACUGAGAACCCUCGAAGAAACAUUCCCAAGGCAGUGCGCAGGGUUUUCUGGAGAAUUGCUAUUUUCUACGUGGGCAGUGUCUUCCUCGUCGGCAUGUGUGUUUCGUCGCGAGAUCCUCGAUUGCUGAACGCCAUCGAAUCCGGGGCAGAUACUGCGGGUGCCAGUCCAUUUGUGAUUGCAAUUGAGAAUGGGGGGAUCCCAGCCCUGCCUUCGAUCAUCAAUGCAGUUGUUCUGACAUCUGCUUUGUCUGCUGGUAACUCAUUUUUCUAUGCAUCCACCCGAAUUCUAUACGCCACAGCAUUGGACGGCAAGGCACCCCGAAUCAUGCGAUACGAGAAAUUUGGUGUUCCAUAUGUUUGCGUUGCAGUGACCGCAGCUCUGAGUCUGCUGGUUUAUCUCAAUGUCUCCGCCAGCUCGGCCGACGUCUUUUUCUGGAUCAGUAACCUGAGUUCUGUUAGCACUUUGAUUGUGUGGACUUCGAUUGCGAUCACGUAUAUCCGAUUCCACCGAGGCCUGAAACAUCAUGGGAUUUCGCGAUCCUCGUUGCCCUUUAAGUCGCCAUUUCAGCCUUUUAUGGCAUAUUUUGCUAUCAUAUUCUCCUCUACUGUGGCCUUCUUCAAUGGAUUUGACGCCUUUUUCCCAGGGCACUUCAGCGCCAAAUCCUUUGUGCCUCCAUAUGUCGAUAUCCCUAUCUUUUUUGGUCUGUUUCUGGGUUACAAGAUUAUCAAAAAGACCAAAUUUGUCAAGAUAGAGGAUAUGGAUCUAUGGUCUGGCAAAGAGGAGGCGGACCAGCUGGAAUCGACAUGGGAAGAGCCCAAGCCUCGAAAUUUCCUAGAGAGAAUAUGGUUCUGGAUUGCAUAA